AAACCUUCCCACGCAAUUCAUGUUUUGAACUUAAAUUCUUCAAGAUAGAGAUUUGAUUUUAACCACUAAGAUGUCCCCUGUGGGACAGUUUGACUAUUGAUGAAGAUAAAGACGGUGACGAAGAUGAAGGGUGAUAAGUGAUACAUGGGGGUUUCAAGUUAUCAAAGGAUCCUGGGUUCUGGAGAAGGUUUUGGUUGUAGUACCACUGGUUAUCUUCCUCGGUAUCUUCCUUGUGAUGCCAGCCGUAACGAUGCUUUCAAUGCCAGUUAUCCUUGGUAUCCUGAUUUUAGGGGCGUUACGCAUACUGGUUUCGAUGCUCUCAAGGUUCUUUGAAACUCCUUUAUAUAAGAUAAAGUUGAUGGAUGAGUAUGCUCGUGAGAUUAUACGUUUGAUACGUCGGGAGUCAUUUUCAAACUUAGAUGAGACCCAGUUUGUGCAACGUAGAGCAAUGGAAGCAAUCUUCCAGGCUAUCAAGAUCGGCAUCCCAGACAUUGUGAAAGAAUUUAUAGAACUUAAUGGAAAUAUAUCACGGAGAAGCUCAGAUCUUGAAGAUUCAAAUUCAAGAUCAAAAAUUCAGGACAUAUUUGCUUGUGCUGUAGAACAUCGUCGGGAGGAACUGGCACACUUUCUUUAUAAAUAUGCGGAGGAGGAGAAAAGCAUACUUUUUGCCAUCAAUGAAGAUGGAAAUAAUACAUUGCAUCUAGCAGCAAAGUUAGCCCCUCAUUAUCAAUUAGGUUACAUCCAUGCAGCAGCUUUGCAGUUGCAAAGUGAUCUACGUUGGUUCAAGGGGGUAGAAGAAAUUAUUCCACAAUCUUACCACGAAGGCAGAAACUUUAACGGCCAAACUCCCCUGGAAGUGUUUGUUAGAGAACACCAGGAUUUGCUAAAAGAAGCAAAGGAAUGGGUGAAGAAAACAGCGGAAUCUUCUACAGUCGUUAGUGCUCUUAUUAUUACCAUUAUGUUUGCGGCGGCUUUUACUGUUCCUGGGGGGAAUGAUCAAAGUACAGGUUUUCCUAUAUUUUUGCAUAAAACUCCGAUACCGUUUAUGGUAUUUAUGGUAUCAGAUGCAAUUUCUCUUUUUGCUGCAUCGAGUUCAGUGAUAAUGUUUUUGGGGAUUCUCACUUCACGUUUUGGUCAUGAAGAUUUCCUUAAAUCCUUACCUAUUAGGUUGGUUAUGGGCCUUUCUUCACUCUUCAUUUCUAUUGCAACAAUGACGAUGGCAUUUUGUACCGCUCUUGUCAUUAUGCUAGAAGGGCGAUUGUGGGUCGUCAUUCCUAUAACUCUGCUCGCUGGUAUUCCUGUCACAUUAUUCUUCGUGUUGUUGCAAUUUCCUCUUCUUGUUGAGAUUUAUGUUUCAACUUCUAGGCCAAACAUCUUUGAUGGGGAAGUAUCAUCCUGGAUGAGAAUAAUGAAAAAAAUGUUUGUGGGAUUGUGGGCUUUCGUACAGCGGUAGAAAUUCUUGCAAUGCAUAUGUGAUGGUGUGGAAGUAUAUAUUUUUCAGGUUGAAGUCCCCCUCGAAGGAAUUAUUGGACAAUUGUUUUAACGAUUUAGGGGCGGAGUGAGGCGGAUGUUGUAUUAUUAUUGGAACCGUUCUAGGUGUGGGGGAAUUGGGGCACCCGCACGGGCCGCCGAACCCCUUAAUUUUCGGAAAUUUUUAUUUUUAUUUUUAAAUUUAGUAUGUAUAUUAAUUUUUAUCUUUAAAAUUCUUAAAUAUUAUACUUAUUGCAUGAUACUUUAUGGUAUUUUCAUUUCACUCUUUAUUAUCUUUAUAAAUUAUCAUACUUACA